GCGCAGGAAAGGAAUGAAUUAAAAGAUUCACAACCGUUGAUCUUCAGAUCUCUCUGCCAGUUUCUUUUUUAUAUCGCGACUAACAGUUGGCGCCGAAACACCAAAAUUAUUAGGGCUUCUCCGCCCUGCUUCGAUUCAGCGAGUAGGGCUUCGUGGCUUUUCUCCGCAUGAUUACGCGGUGGACGAGUUUUCACCGCAAUCAUGAGAGCUCGGGUAGUUGUUUUCCCCAUUAAAGAAAGGAAUUGGUGCUUUAGCCGGUCCCUCGAUCCCGCCGCCGCGCUUGAAUCCUCUUCGGCGCCGCAGCAAUUGAGGGAUCUCUUUAGGAACAUCACGUCCACGCGAAGAUCGGUCCCAGAAAACGCCGAGAUCGUUGUGGACUUUGUAUCGGAAAAGAUGAAUCGAGCAUGGGUUACCCUGGAGAAGGCUCCAGAGGCCACAUUGAAGAGUAAACUGCACAGUUUGGGUUUGUGGCUCCUGUCGAGAGUGAAGCCAUCUGAAGUGUUCUUGAAAUCUGUUUCUAAGGAUGUUACGGAAGUUGAAAUCACCUAUCCAGCAAGUUUGAAUCCUCGUCUUGUUCGCAGAAGAUUGCGACAUAUAGCUAUGAGGGGAUCUGCAAUUCAUAGGAAGCAUUUGUAUGGCUCAGUGACUUUACUUCCCUUAACUUCAGUUCUCACUGUUUUACCACUGCCAAACGUACCAUUUUUCUGGAUCUUGUUCCGUGCAUAUUCUCAUUGGAAGGCUCUCAAGGGAAGUGAGCGAUUACUACUACUUGUUUCAGAUUGCUCAAGGACAUGGAGUUCGAUUGCCAGCAAUGAGGAGGGGAAUGGUUCCAAGGAUGAAAGUGAUCAUGGAGCCAAAGCUACGCCCAAGUCUCCAUGGGUAAGUUUAUUAAGAUGACUGAUUACUUGUUCU